UUCUCCACGUGUCCUCUGCAUCUCCAUCUUCCUCCUCCUCCUCCGUUGGCGUUGUCUGGAUUGGCGCGCCGAAUUUGAAUGUCGUAAGGUGGGAAAGGAGCGGCGGCGGCUCCCUUCCCCCAGCUUCAGCCGCGGGACGAGGCGAUUGGCCGGCAGGGCAGGGAGGUGGAUAAAGCCGCAAGAGGGAAGGAAAAAAAGAGGCCGCGAGAGCCAGAUCGGUGGAUGGGUCAGUGGCGGAUGACGCUGAGAGAGUAACGGUCGGUGGGGCGGCGGAGGGGGCAGGGAAGAUAACGGCACAAAAUGUCAAAAGAAGAGGACAGGGUAAUCCCUGUGCAGGUGGCCCUGAGGUGCCGCCCGCUUGUCCCUAAAGAACUUGCUGAGGGCUGCCAGAUGUGCUUGUCUUUUGUCCCUGGUGAACAGCAGGUAGUUCUAGGCAACGACAAACCAUUCACGUAUGAUUAUGUUUUCGACCCAUCUACUGAGCAAGAGGAGGUGUUCAAUACCUGCGUUGCUCCCCUUAUAAGGGGCAUUUUCAGAGGGUAUAAUACGACUGUUUUAGCCUAUGGGCAGACUGGAUCCGGGAAAACAUAUUCCAUGGGAGGAGCCUACACAGCUGACAAAGAAAAUGAUCCUACUGUAGGAAUCAUUCCCCGAGUGAUAAAGUUUCUCUUCCAAGAAAUGAAAAAGAGGGUAGAGUGGCAGUUUUCCCUGAAGGUCUCUUAUUUGGAGAUUUACAAUGAAGACAUCUUAGACCUCUUGGCACCGGCCAAAGAGCGGACAGCGCAAAUCAGCAUCCGUGAAGACCCCAAGGAAGGCAUUAAGAUUGUAGGGCUAACAGAGCACGUGGUGGAUUCCACCCAAGGGACCACCCUGUGCCUGGAACAGGGGAACAACUCCCGAACUGUGGCUGCCACGGCCAUGAACACCCAGUCGUCGCGCUCUCAUGCCAUCUUCACCAUCUCCAUUGAGCAGAAAAGCAAGAGUGACGCGAACACCAGUUUUCAUUCCAAACUACACCUUGUAGACCUUGCUGGUUCUGAAAGGCAAAAGAAGACGAAAGCAGAAGGCGAUCGGCUUCGGGAAGGGAUCAACAUCAACAAAGGACUCCUCUGUCUGGGGAAUGUCAUCAGUGCUCUUGGGGAUGAAACCAAAAAGGGCAAUUUUGUCCCUUAUAGGGACUCCAAGUUAACACGACUUUUGCAAGAUUCCUUAGGAGGCAAUAGCCACACCCUGAUGAUUGCCUGCGUGAGCCCAGCAGAUUCCAACCUUGAAGAGACUUUGAAUACCCUUCGCUAUGCUGAUAGGGCCAGAAAGAUAAAGAACAAGCCAAUAGUGAAUAUUGACCCUCAGGCAGCAGAAAUCAGCCGGCUAAGGCUGCAGGUCCAACAGCUGCAGGUCUUACUGCUGCAGGCUCAUGGAGGGACACUUCCAGUGUCUAUUGGUGGUGAACCCUCAGAAAACCUGCAGUCUGUGAUGGAGAAAAACCACUCCCUCCUGGAAGAGAAUGAGAAACUAAGCCGUGGCUUGAGUGAAGCAGCAGGUCAGAUCGCCCAGAUGUUGGAAAGGAUAAUUAUGACAGAGCAGCAGAAUGAAAAGAUGAGUGCGAAAGUAGAGGGGCUCCAGAAACACGCUGCGUUGAAACUUGAUCUGCAGAAGCUGCUUGACACUCUGGAGGACCAAGAACUGAAAGAGGAUGUGGAACUGGUUUGCCAUCUGCAGCAAGUGAUUGCCCAGUUGACGAAUGAAAGCCCUGCUGGUGUUGCUGACAUGGACACAUCUGAUCAAGACUUUAGUGCUGCUUCAGAAGCUGACCUGGGUGCUCCAGGGUCCUCUGAGGAAUAUGCCACUCAGCACGCUCUCCACCAGGCGCAGAUGUCGAAAGAGCUGCUGGAGCUCAACAAAGCCCUGGCUCUGAAGGAGGCCCUGGCCAGGAAAAUGUCCCAGAACGACAGCAAGCUGGAGCCCAUACAGUGCCAGUACCAGACCAAUAUCAAGGACCUGGAAGUGGAAGUUACCAAACUGCAGAAGGAGAAAGAAGACCUGGUCCUCGCCAUUCAUACGACAAAGAAGGAUGUCAGUCAAGCCAAGCUGAGCGAAAGGCGUAGGAAGCGGCUUCAGGAGCUGGAAGGGGAAAUGGCAGAACUGAAGAAGAAACUGAAAGAGCAGUCGAAGCUUCUGAAGAUGAAAGAGUCCAGCGAGCAGACAGUGUGCAAACUGAACCACGAGAUCCGGGCGAUGAAGACCCAACGUGUCCAGCUCAUACGUCAGAUGAAAGAGGAUUCUGAAAAAUUUAAGCAAUGGAAGCAGCAGAAGGACAAGGAAGUUAUCCAGCUGAAGGCCCGGGAUCGCAAGAGGCAGUAUGAACUUGUCAAACUGGAGCAAGACUUCCAGAAGCAAGCCGCUGUCCUGCGGCGGAAGGCAGAGGAGGCUGCAGCUGCUAACAAACGCUUGAAGGAUGCUCUUCAGAAACAGCGAGAGGCAGCCGAUAAACGGAAAGAGAACACAAGCCGUGGGAUCGAAGGAAUUGCUGCCCGGGUGAAGAACUGGCUCACAAAUGAAGUCGAGGUCCUCGUCAGUGUCGAAGAGGCUCAGCGCCACCUCACCGACCUCCUGGAGGACCGGAAAACCUUGGCGCAGGAGAUUGCCUCGCUUAAAGAGAAGCGGGAGGCUGGGGAGAACCUUCCCUCAAAAUACAAGAGGCGCACGUUCUCCCAUAGAUCUGUGGAACUGAACCAUUCCAUCACCAAGCAAAUCGAGAGCCUGGAGACCGAGAUGGAGCUCAGGAGCGCCCAGAUUGCUGAUCUGCAGCAGAAGCUGCUGGACGCCGACGCCGGAGACCGCGCCAAGCAGCGCUGGGAGAGCAUCACCAACAUUCCGGAAGCCAAGUGUGCCAUCAAGUACCUGAUUGGCGAACUGGUCUCUUCGAAAGUAGAGGAUGGGAAGCUGGAGAAUCGGCUUCAGCAGAGCAAAGCCACUUGCGCCGACCUCCAUAAAAUGCUUCUUGAAGAGCGGAAAGCUGUGGCUGAACAGGAAGCAGAACAUGAGAGCCAGCUGGUCCAGAUGGAGCAGCAGCAUCAGGAGAAGGUUCUCUAUCUGCUCAGCCAAAUCCAACAUAAAGAGGAAGCUGAGAAGAGGCUGGAGACCUCCAUUUCAGAACGGGAGCAGCAACUCCUUGAGCGCCUCAAGUUCCAGGAUGAGGAGCUGGCAAAAAUGAAGGAGGUCUUUGACAAGAAUCAGGAGCUCUGUGAAGAACUUGGAAUGGUCAGACAGAAGCUGCGGAUUCUUCAAGUGGCCAGUGGCCAGAAGAUCAGUAAUGGCCGGCCAGCCCUGGCAGCUGAAACACCGGAGUCCCCUUUUGAUUACAUUCCACCCAAGCCCAAGCCUCACAGGCGAACGACGGCCAGACCUGCAGCCGACACGCCCACAGAAGACCUGUCAUCUGAAUCAGAUGAGUCCAGAGAAGAAGCAGAUGAUGUGGAGUGGGUGCCAUCCAACUUAACCAGAGGAAUCAAGAAGAGCAUUCUGGGGUGCACCUGCAAAGGCCGUUGUGGAAACAGGCAGUGUGGAUGCCGGAAGCAAAAGCUGGCCUGCUCAGAGGACUGUCGCUGUGAGUUCGGGAAGUGUCGAAACCGGGAACACGGUGUUGUGGAGGGGAUGCUCCCCGAUGAGCAGAUGGGAGAUAGCCUCUUCGAGCGGGAAGAUCCCACUCUGGUGUUGGGAGGAGACACCUUCUUUGAGCCUCCGGCUGUCACUCCUACCAGGAAGGUCCUGGAGGAAAAAAAUGAACAAGAGGUUCUGGCCGUGAAGGAAAACGAUGCUACUUCCUUCUUUGCGCUGCGUAAUGCGGAGCCGGGGAAGAAUCUGCUGCCAGCCAUGAGGAAGGGGCGGAAGUGGCUUCUCAGCAGCAGCGGCGGCUUUUUCUCCGGCUGCACUCCAGCCAAAGAGAACUGCUGACGGAGAGAGAGGAGCCUGGAAGAGGAGACUAACGUAGGGCCGCGCCUGACUUGGCCCUGUAGAAAAGCAAGCCCUAACCAAUGAAUUCAGUUACUUUUAUAGUGUAUAGAUUUUUUUUUUUCAAUAAAGGAAAUGGAAGUAUGCGGAUGCACUUA